AUGGCAGUCGGACUGGAGAGCAGGACGAGCGUCUACAAUCGCCUUGUGAUUGUCUUCGUAGCUUUGGGCAGCUUGACAUACGGCUACUGCGCCUCCAUCAUCGCAUCCACCAUCGGACAACCAGGCUGGUACUCCUACUUCAACCUACCCGCGCAAGGCGAACCAGGCUAUGCCGGGCGAACAACCCACGCCAUCGCGACAGCCAACGGCGUCUUCUCUGCCGGAGGAGCUGUCGGUGCUCUGUUCAUGAUGUGGAGCUGCGACGUCUUCGGACGGAAGCGCAACAUCCAGCUCGGUGCUUUCUUCUCAGUCCUCGGAGGCGCGCUGCAAGGUGGAGCGGCAGCGUUGGCGAUGUUUCAGACUGGCCGGUUCUUCUCGGGUCUGGGGAUUGGUAUCUUGGUGACGGUUUGUCCGAUGUAUAUGUCCGAAAUGUCUUCACCCGCGCGCCGUGGCUGGCUCGUUGGCCAUCAUGCCAUUUUUCUGGUAUUUGGCUACAUGCUCGCCGGCUGGGUGGGCUACGGCUGCUACUUCGCAACAGCCUCCAACCCAGCCUUCGCCUGGCGCUUUCCGCUCUGCCUCCAAUGCCUCUCACCAAUCCUACUUCUCGCGGGCAGCCCAUGGAUGCCCCGCAGUCCUCGUUGGCUUAUUGCCAAAGGCAAACUCGAAGAAGCUCGCGAUGUGCUGCACAAGCUCCGCCAGUCGCCCGAAGACCCUAACGACAUCGCGGCAAAGGAGGAGUUCUACCAAAUCAGCGAGCAGCUGAAGCUCGAUGAAGCAAAGCUGAAGGCUACCGGCAAAUCCGUCUGGGUCACCGUAUGGACCAAACGGUCGUACCGAAAACGCAUGAUCAUUGGCUUUCUGAUCCAGUGGGGAGCGGAAUUCAGCGGACCAUUGAUCAUCAACAACUAUGGCGUAAUCCUCUACACCAACCUGGGACAAACAGGCGGCAUGCCGCUUCUCCUCUCGGCGCUCUGGUUGACAACAGCCGGCCUAAUCUACAACCCUGGCGGCGCGUGGCUGCACGACAAGGUCAACAGCAGACGCGGCAUGUUCAUGGUUGGCACCGCAGGCUGCUUGGUCACCACAUCAUGUCUCUCAGCCAUGAUCGCACAGUACGCCGGCACGACUAACCAAGUGGGAAAUGGCUUCGGCGUCUUCUUCAUCUUCCUCUACCUGGCGUUUCAAGGCACUUGCUGCGAUACCACGAUGUACCUCUGGGUCUCGGAGAUCUUCCCGACCGAGAUUCGAUCCAUUGGAAUGGGCUUCAGUCUGUUCGGCCAGUUCGCGUCGACAAUAAUCCUGCUCCAAACAGCGCCGAUCGGCUUCGCACAGGUCGGGUGGAAGUAUUUCCUGGUGGUGAUUUGCUGGUGUGCUGUCUUCUUGCCGAUCAUCUACCUCUACUUCCCGGAGACCGCACGGCUCACCCUCGAGGAGAUUUCAGAGCGAUUCGGGGAUGACGUUGCUGUCCACAUCACGGACGCCAGCCAGGAGGAUCGCGAAAGGCUCGAAAGAGCAUUGGAGAAGGGCGAGGAUCUGGACCCUGUCCGUUCUGUCCAUACUGGUGGCGAGGGCAAGGCGCUCUAG